AGAGGGAAGGAAGGAAGGAGAGAGAGAGACACAGCUAAACAGGUGGUCUGAAAACACGCAGAAAACAAUGUCGUCCGGCGGGGAGAGGCGGAAAGACCGUUAGCUCUCGCUUCUGUGAAGGAAUACCGGGACAGCCUCGGAGCAGAGCAAACGAAAAACCCAUGCUCCUUUUAAUUUUCUCGCGGAUUUCUCCUCCUCCUCUCUUCUCGGUUUUGCUCCGAAUCUGGUGAAGAUCUCGGAUACUAAACCAUGAAAGUCACGGUGUGUUUUGGCAGGACCCGGGUGGUUGUGCCGUGCGGGGAUGGGAAUAUUAAAGUCCACACACUCAUCCAGCAGGCUGUCAUGAGAUACAAGAAGGCUAUCGCCAAGGAUGCCAGCUACUGGCUGCAGGUUCACCGGUUGGAGCACGGUGAUGGGGGAAUCCUCGACCUGGAUGAUGUGCUUUGCGAUGUGGCUGAUGACAAAGACAGGGUGAGUAAUGUCUGUUCAUGAAGAUUUUUUUUUCUGUUUUCCAAGGCACAGGAAGUGCUCACUGACCAGACAGAUAAGAGAAUUUGUUGUGCACCAAAGCGCCUCUUAUCGGUUCCUGGAUUUUCAUUAAUGCCGUCAUCAACCAUCUCUUUAAUCAGUUAAA